GCCAUAUUUCGUCAAAGAACGGAAAUGACCGAGGUCACUCCAAAAUUUAUGUUGUUUCAGCUAUUCGUCCACUUUUAUCGGUAUUGAAUGUAAGAAAAAUGUUCUAUUAAUGUUGUUCUUUGCACAAGCACCACCAAGAUGUGUGCAAAACCGUUUUGAUUGACCGUUUUCGACCACAAUGUCCGAAGUCGAUAUUUCCGAGGAACUACCGAAUACUGACGAUUCGGCCUUCGCCGAAGAUCAACAACAAAAUGGCGAAGGCGGCAACGAUAACCACGCUGGUACCACAACAAUAUCAGCACCUCAUGGCGCAAUAGCGGCUGAUCACGUAUUCGUUGCAACAUCCCAAGGUCUUCUUACAGCAGAACAGCUGCAAGAGGCAGCUGGCAUCAAAACGACACAUAUUGUCAUUCACGAUCAAACAUUGAAUGUGGAUUCCUCACCGACCGAGUUGAAGACUCCCACCACCCCUCUCCCCCCUCCAACCCCAGCCACGCCUCAAAGCAAGGAAAGGGGCUUUAGAUAUCAGUGGGACAGUUCAGUGCAUUCAGAAGUUUUGCCAGUUAGAUGCAAGAACACAAACGGAGAACUGCACAAAGCAAAGUUUGGAUCAGGUGGGAGAGGGAAGUGUAUCAGGACCCCAGAGAAUCAGUGGUUUACCCCCAAUGAGUUUGAGUCUAUGAGUGGUAGAGCCAGCAGCAAAGACUGGAAGCGCAGUAUACGAUACGGUGGUAGAACAUUACAGUGUUUGAUUGAAGACGGCAUCCUUCAGCCCCAUGCUACCUCCUGUACAUGUGCUGCAUGCUGUGAUGAUGAGUCAGUGGUUCCUUUUCAGACUGGUCCAGUGAGAUUAUUUGUGCCGUAUAAAAGGCGAAAGAAGGAUAGUGAGAGUGGUCCCCCUUCACCACCACCCAAAAAAGUGCGGCCUUCAUCAGCCAAGUCACCUCCUGCUGUUUCUGCUAGUCACAUGACCAAAGAAGGUGUGGUUGUAUCUAUUGGUAACGGACAAGCCCUGAGUCGAUCCAUCACCGUGGCGAACGCAGAGAAUGGAGAAACGGUGCACAUCGUCACCACUGAUAGUGCUGGCAACAUUGUGACAGCUGGAGAUGCAGUGGUGAUGACUCCAAUCGCCAUUGCUCCCAACCCCAAGAACCAGACAGCCACUGUGGUGUCCAUGGAUGUUUCAGAGCAGAAGCAAUGGUGGCAGCUGGAAGAGAUGACCGCAAGUUUGAUUCAGCAAGCCCAGGGUCUGAAGGCCAUGUUGGAGCAGGUGAAGCAGCAGAGCCUUAUCAGCAAAGAUCACGCUCUGCAGCAACUUCGGGCUCACAUGGAGAAAGAGAAACAAGAGGCCUUGCAAGCUGCUAGAAUUGAAGCUCAGAUGAACUUGUCUCGUGUACUGAUGGAGGAACGAGCUCAGAGAGACUUGGCUGUGCAGCAAGCCCUGGUACAGGGCAGGGCGGAAUUGAGUGACAAACUGGACUCUGUGACUGUUGUGACUGAAGAUAAAGUGAGCUACAAUGUGACAUGGCCACACCAGACCACACAAAACAAUAUUGAGAAUAUCAUCUGUAAUGAGGUGGAUGAUGAGGAGGAAGAAGAUUCAGAUAAAGAGAAAUAGACUGCAUCUGCUCAGCAGUUGUUAAACAAGCGUACUUGAUGUUCCUACCCUGCUAUAUAUAUUUCUGUGUCUGUUUUGGAAUUGCAGUUAGGCUUCAGCAUUCAGGUCUCCUCCAUGUCCUUGAUCCAGAUCUCGGUUCAUAGUAUUAAUCCCUUCUCAUCAUGUCUCCUUAGUUCGUCCUGGGUUUAUUUCACUAUUUCCGUUCCUGUUGUAUUUCUUUCAUGCAUGGGGGCGGUGGGGUAGCCUAAUGGUUCAUGGGUUGGCUAGUCACGCCAAAGACCCGGGUUCGAAUCCCCACAUGGGUAUAAUGUGUGAAGCCCAUUUCUGGUGUUC